AUGUCCAAGCUAGAUGAGAUGGAUCAUCUUUUGGAGCUGCCAGGGCAUCGUCGUGGUGCCAUAGAUAUUUUAGGGACAGAUUCCUUACCAAUUUGUUUCUCCACCGAUUACUGGAGUAACGUGAGCCGCAUUUCAUUAUGUGCCUUUCUAAUAAUAUCUUUUUUUCUUUCCCCUCCCCAGCCUGUUCCAGAGACAACUGAACGAGAUGUAGAUGGAGGAAUUGAUCAAGACAUCUUUGACAUCAAUGAAGCUUUAGGACUGAACCUUUUUGAGGGAGACAUCAAACUUAACAGGGCACGAAACUCCAUUAUUGGUGACAACUAUCGGUGGCCCCAUGUUAUUCCCUAUGUCCUUGAUGAUAGCCUAGAAAUGAAUGCUAAGGCACUCAUCCUCAAGGCGUUUGAACAGUAUCGACUGAAAACCUGUAUUGACUUCAAACCUUGGGAAGGGGAGAAGAAUUACAUACAUGUGUUCAAAGGAAGUGGCUGCUGGUCCUCAGUGGGAAACCUCCAAAGGGGGUUGCAGGAACUCUCCAUUGGAGCUGGCUGUGACAGGAUCGCGACGAUCCAGCACGAGUUCCUGCAUGCCUUGGGAUUCUGGCAUGAGCAGUCGCGGUCCGACCGGGAUGACUAUGUGUCCAUCAUCUGGGAGAGGGUUCUGUCAGGUACAGAACAUAAUUUCAAAAAAUAUGAUGAUAAAACAUCAGACUCCCUGAAUGUCCCUUAUGACUAUAAUUCUGUGAUGCACUAUAGCCAGAAUGCAUUCAGGAAUGGAAUGGAACCGACCAUUGUCACUAACAUACCAGACUUCAUGGGGAUUAUAGGACAGCGAAUGGAUUUCAGUGAUUAUGAUCUCCAGAAACUGAACCGGCUGUACAAUUGCUCCUCCUCCCUGAGUUUCAUGGACACAUGCAGUUUUGAACUUGAAAAUAUAUGUGGCAUGAUUCAAAGUUCAGAUGAUAACAGUGAUUGGCAGCGUUUGUCUCACGUUCCUGCCGGGCCACAUACUGAUCACACGAAUAUGGGAGAAUGCGAAGAUUCUGGCUACUUCAUGCAUUUCAACACUGGCACUGGAGUAGAGGGAAGCACAGCUAUCCUGGAGAGCAGAAUUUUGUAUCCCAAAAGGGGCUUUCAGUGCUUACAAUUCUAUUUCUAUAACAGUGGUCAUGAAAGUGACAGCCUGCAUGUCUGGGUCAGGGAGUAUACUUCAGCCCAUCCGAAUGGCACUUUGAGACUCAUUGAAGAGAUAAAAGGUUCACCUGCGAGUUACUGGCAGCUCCAUCAUGUUUCUUUGAAUGUCACAAGUAAAUUCCGGGUUGUGUUUCAAGGCAUGAAAGGAAGUGGCUUAUCAAACGGAGGCCUCUCUAUUGACGACAUCAACUUGUCGGAAACUCAGUGUCCCCACCAUGUCUGGCAUAUCAGAAAUUUCACACAUCUCCUCAAUACAAGUCCAGCAGGGACAUCAGGACGAAUAUACAGUCCACCCUUCUAUUCAAGUGAAGGGUAUGCUUUUCAGGUCAGCUUAUAUGUAAACGGUACCAUUAAUAAUCCCUUUAAUUUGGCAAUUUACUUCCACUUGAUUUCUGGAGCAAAUGAUGAUCAGUUGCAAUGGCCCUGUGCAUGGCAACAAGGUACCAUGAUUCUGCUUGACCAGCAUCCCGAUAUUCGUCAACGGAUGUCAAACCAAAGAAGUAUAACAACAGACCCUCUGGAAUUAUCAGAGUCUUCAUCAACAUAUUUUUGGGAUAGGCCAGAUAAAGUGGGAUCCAUAGCAACUUUUCCUAAUGGAACUACAUUCAUGAGAGGUCCAGGAAGUGGAACAAGUGUAUUUUUAACUCAUCAGAGACUUAGAAGCCGCAACUUUAUUAAAGAAGAUGGCAUUUAUAUUCUUUUAACAAUGGAAGAUAUAUCGGAUCUACUAUCAACUCAGCCAGGUGUUUCACCCACUCAUAUUGUGAAUACACCCAGUGCCAGUACCAUCAAAUCUACCUCUAUCACCACUGUUACCACCAAGCCCACAACUACCACCAAGCUCACAGCUGCCACCACAAAGCCCACAGCUACCAGCAAGCCUCCCACUGCGACAACACCCACCACAACAGCCUCUGUCACUGAAAAGCCAGAGGUAGAGACUCCAGAUUUCUGUCCAGAGAACCCUUGUGAAAAUGACGGUGUUUGUGUUAUUGUAGACAGAGCACAGGUGUGCAGGUGUCCCGCAUCUGACAACUGGUGGUACAUGGGAGAAAAGUGUGAAAGGAAAGGCACAACUCAAGAAAAUACUGUAAUAGCUGUUUCUUCAACCAUAGCUGUAUUUGUUGUAAUGCUUAUUGUCACUAUCACAACUGCAGUGUGCCUUAAAAAGAAAUACAGCCAAAGAAAGGAAAAUGGGGAGAACCUGACUCUAGAGACUAGAACAGCCUUCUGAAGAUAAUUCAAAUAAGCAUCAAAGACACAAGAUGAACAUCACUUGAAAACUACAACUACGUCAUUGUUCUUUCUUUUAUUUUUAUCUUAACCAUCAUGAUAAAGGCUUAUAAAGUCUGGAAAAUAAUUCAUCAUCUGGAUAAAAUACUGCACUAAAGUCAGUGAGUGUCUGACAGUGUUGUGUAUUGCUGUGCAAUAGAGCAAAAUGAGAAUAUAUUGUAUGGCAUGCCUUUAUGUCUACUGGAACAUGAAGAAAACAUGUAAAACUGCCUCCUGACUUUCAAUCAGCACAGUGAAGUCUAGGUUGCUAUCUUAUCAUCAUACAGAUGUCUAUAAUAAACGGGAGUCGGACCCUGUAA